UAUGUUGUAAUAUAUAUGCCAGCGGUGCGGAGCAGAGGUCGAAUACGCAUGUGUCUCUCAGUACGGUUUGGGACACGGGCCGGCUUCAACGGGACGUUUCUACUGCUCCUCGCACCAUCAUCGGCAGCUUAGUUGUGAGGGUCUACGAGUCCCGAUUCGAGAUCGAGAGUUUCGGGAAGCCGAAGACAGCGGGAAGCGGUUCCAAGGGGAAACCGUACUCCAAACGCCGACAAGUAUCUACAACGAAAUAAUCAAAAAUGUAUUCGGCAAGAAGAGCGACGCGGGCUCUCUCCAGGCACCGGGUUAUCCUCCAAACCUGGAAUGUGGCUAAAAACAAUUUCGCCACAGAUGUCGAGUACAAGCCAAUAAGAAGCGUCCUUGUAGCGAACAGAGGUGAAAUUGCCAUCCGAGUAUUCCGGGCGUGUAACGAACUGGGCAUCCGUUCGGUCGCCAUAUACUCGGAGCAGGACAAAAUGCACAUGCAUCGACAGAAAGCCGACGAGGGUUACCUGGUGGGUCGCGGUCUACCUCCGGUUCAGGCGUACCUCAACAUCCCUGAGAUAAUCCGCGUCGCCAAGGAAAAUGACGUCGAUGCGAUCCAUCCAGGAUACGGUUUUCUCUCGGAAAGAUCGGACUUCGCGCAAGCGGUCGUCGAUGCUGGCAUCCGGUUCAUCGGCCCGAGUCCGAGGGUGGUCCAGCAGAUGGGUGACAAGGUCGCCGCCAGGCAAGCAGCCAUCGCCGCGGGAGUUCCCAUCGUUCCAGGAACCGAUGGACCCGUCACGACGGCCGACGAGGCGCAAGAAUUCUGCAACAAGCACGGACUUCCGGUUAUAUUCAAGGCUGCCUACGGUGGCGGUGGUAGAGGAAUGAGGGUCGUUAGACGGAUGGAAGAAGUGCGAGAAAUGUUCCAGCGUGCGUCAUCUGAGGCUCUGGCUGCCUUCGGAAACGGAGCGAUGUUCAUCGAGAAGUUCAUCGAGAGGCCUCGUCAUAUAGAAGUUCAACUGCUGGGUGACCAUGCGGGGAACGUUGUUCACCUUUACGAACGAGACUGCUCAGUUCAACGUCGUCAUCAGAAGGUCGUCGAAAUUGCACCUGCACCCUCGCUGGACCCGAAGGUUCGUGACAACAUGACGGAGCACGCUGUGAAGCUGGCAAAACACGUUGGCUACGCGAACGCGGGAACGGUAGAGUUCCUUGCUGAUGAAUCCGGGAAUUUCUACUUCAUUGAAGUUAAUGCGAGGCUCCAGGUGGAGCACACUGUCACCGAGGAGAUCACUGGAAUCGAUCUUGUCCAGUCUCAAAUUCACAUCGCCGAGGGCAUGACUCUGCGCGAACUCGGCAUGACGCAGGAGAAAAUCGUGCCUCAAGGGUUCGCGAUUCAGUGCCGAGUCACUACCGAGGAUCCAGCCAAGAACUUUCAGCCGGAUACUGGGAGAAUCGAGGUGUUCCGAUCCGGAGAGGGCAUGGGUAUCCGGUUGGAUAGUGCUUCGGCGUUCGCUGGCGCUAUUAUAUCGCCUUACUACGAUUCCCUGCUGGUUAAGGUGAUAGCCCACGCUGGAGAUCUUCAGUCGUCCUGUGCGAAGAUGAACCGAGCACUGAGGGAGUUCAGAGUCCGUGGAGUCAAGACGAACAUUCCGUUUCUGUUGAACGUACUGGAGAACCAGAAGUUCCUCAACGGGAACGUGGACACCUACUUCAUAGACGAAAAUCCGCAGCUGUUCCAGUUCCAGCCCAGUCAGAAUCGGGCGCAGAAGCUUCUCAACUACUUGGGAACUGUGCUUGUGAAUGGACCGAGCACCCCACUUGCCACGUCGCUAAAGCCAGCCGAAAUCAAACCACAAAUACCCCAAAUCGCUCGAGACUUUGCUAAACUUGCUGCCGCUGAAGAGACGAUGGAUCCAGAUGCUCCAGGAUUAUUGGAGCCACCACAAGGUCUGCGAAAAAUUCUCAAAGAAGAAGGACCAGAAGCUUUCGCAAAGGCCGUCCGGGCCAAAAAAGAGUUACUCCUGAUGGACACGACCUUCCGGGAUGCUCAUCAAUCGCUGCUAGCCACGCGUGUUCGCUCCCACGACUUGCUGCAAAUUUCUCCAUUCGUUUCCCACAAAUUUAGCAACUUAUACGCACUCGAGAACUGGGGUGGUGCUACAUUCGACGUAGCUUUGAGGUUCCUGCACGAAUGUCCUUGGGAGCGGCUCGAAGACAUGCGAAAAACCAUUCCGAACAUUCCCUUCCAGAUGUUACUCCGCGGAGCAAACGCAGUGGGGUACACGAACUACCCUGACAACGUUGUCUUCAAGUUCUGUGAGCUGGCCGUGCAAACUGGCAUGGAUAUAUUCAGGGUCUUCGACUCCUUGAAUUAUCUCCCAAACCUGAUUCUGGGUAUGGAGGCAGCUGGAAAAGCUGGUGGUGUUGUAGAAGCUGCAAUUUCUUACACCGGUGAUGUUAGCGAUCCGAAACGCACAAAGUACGACCUGAAGUACUAUACAAACUUAGCCGAUGAACUGGUGAAGGCUGGAACACACGUCCUAUCGAUCAAAGACAUGGCCGGUCUCCUGAAACCCAAGGCUGCUAGUUUGCUAAUAGAUGCCAUCAGGCAGAAACAACCAGACGUACCGAUCCACAUUCACACACACGAUACAGCUGGUGCUGGAGUCGCGUCGAUGUUGGCUUGUGCCGAGGCUGGAGCCGAUGUGGUCGACGUUGCCGUCGACAGCAUGUCCGGAAUGACGAGUCAGCCGUCGAUGGGAGCCGUCGUUGCCUCGCUUCAAGGAACGCCAUUGGACACUGGAAUGAAACUGACCGAUAUAUCUGAGUACUCGGCGUAUUGGGAACAGACGCGUACCCUUUACGCACCCUUCGAAUGUACGACCACGAUGAAGUCAGGAAACGCCGAUGUUUACCUAAACGAAAUACCCGGGGGCCAGUACACCAACUUACAAUUCCAAGCGUACUCUCUUGGGCUUGGUGAAUUUUUCGAGGACGUUAAAAAGGCCUACAGAGAAGCCAACCUUCUUCUCGGCGACAUUAUCAAAGUCACACCGAGCUCGAAGGUUGUCGGUGACUUCGCCCAGUUUAUGGUACAGAACAAAUUGACCGCUGCUGAGGUGCUCGAAAAAGCUGAAGAGCUAUCUUUCCCGAAAUCCGUCGUCGAGUUCCUUCAGGGUGCCAUUGGUGAACCUUACGGAGGAUUCCCAGAGCCUCUCAGAUCUAAAGUCCUGAAAGCAAUGCCGCGAAUCGAGGGAAGACCGGGGGCGAGUUUACCGCCGUUGGACUUCGCCGCUCUAAAGACUCAGCUCAAAGAAUCUCACCCCCGCGUAUCCGACGAGGAUGUAAUGUCAGCUGCUCUGUAUCCGCAAGUAACCGAGGAUUACCUUAACUUCAAAGAAUCGUUUGGUCCAGUUGACAAAUUGGAUACGAGAAUAUUCCUUACUGGGCCGAAAGUAGGGGAAGAAUUUGACGUUACAAUAGCGAGAGGCAAGACUCUUGGUAUCAAAACUUUGGCGAUGGCUGAGGACCUCACGGCGAACGGAGAACGUGAAGUAUUUUUCGAAAUGAACGGACAACUUAGAUCGGUAUUCAUCAAGGACAAAGAAGCUGCGAAGGAACUACACAUUCACCCUAAGGCCUCGAAGUCAGACAAGAGUCAGGUUGGAGCUCCGAUGCCAGGAACUGUGAUCGACAUAAGGGUGAAGGUUGGAGACACGGUUGAGAAAGGGGCUCCUUUGGUGGUACUUUCGGCUAUGAAGAUGGAAAUGGUUGUGCAAGCACCAAAGGCUGGAAAGAUCAAGUCGCUUGACAUAAGUCAGGGUAUGAAACUAGAAGGGGAUGAUCUUUUGCUGACUAUGGAAUAAAUACCGACUGUGAAAGGUCAGACUAUCUGUUUAAGAAUCAUGUCAGUGCUCUGCUGUCGCAGCAAAAAAACUACAAAAGAAUGAUUAGAUUAUAUUAUAUUAUCAACAUUUCACAACAGCUGCAAACUACUGAAUUUCUAUUACCGACAUCAGUAAAGAUAUGAAAAUAAAGAAGAAAGAUGCGAAUAAACUAAACUACGAAUAAUCGAUGGGAUAAUCGAAAUGUCGUAAAAGUACACUUUGAAAUACGACAAACUGCUUUGAGUCUGAAUAAAAAUUGAUAUUUUUCCCAGAGUUUUGUAGCGAGGGGCACAAGACGCGGAUAUCAAUCGCAGUCAUCGUGAAAUCGAGUAAUUUUACUAAGUCGUAAAUGUUCAUCAAACAUUUUGGGAUUACAAAUAAUAAUAACAUACAUAAUGUCAUUAAGACAUGUAUGCGCAGUUGGAGGCCUUAUAUUAUAAUUCCGGAGAUAUUGUGUGACUUGGAAUGGAUCCAAAAACACAUCGAUAAACGAAUGCAUAAUAUCGGAGUGAUUAUCAAAAUUCAAAUUCAGCAUUGUGGCUGAAACGUCUACAAAUGUUGAAAUUUACGCACCCUUAAUAACGUAAUAACGUAAUAAGCCGAUCGAAUAUAGAGGCAAUUGUAAUCUCAAAUAUUUUUAGAACUUUUAAACAUUUAGAUGAAAGAAAAUAAUAUUCAUCAAAGAAAAAUAACGUGAUGAAACAUCCAACUGAUGAUAAAAUCACGAAUCGUUUAGAAUAAUAAUUAAACAUAGCAUUAGUCUAUCGGAUACCUAAAACAAGUUAGUUGUCAUGUCUUACCAAAUAUCGCGUUAUUGAAUUCGAAUGGCAUGUACUAUAAAAUUAUUAGAAACACGAGGAUGUUGUACGUGAAUCAGAUUUUUUUUUUUUUUUUUUUGUUUGUUUAGGAUUCCUACAUUCUAGCAAACAUCUUCACGCGCUGUUAAUAUUUUGUACAAUUUUUCUCAUCAUAGUAGAUUUUUGCUAUGAAAAUGUGUCUGGAAAUAAAUCCGUUUCAGUCACAGUUACUUCUACGUAUAAUAACUAGGUUGUGGAUGGAUCG